AUGGCGAGUCAAGAGGCCAAUGGCCAGGGUAUCAGCGCAGAUGAGAUUGCUCUCUACGAUCGACAGAUUCGUCUUUGGGGAGUCAAGGCGCAAGAAAAACUAAGAUCAGCGAACAUACUGCUCAUAUCCUUCAAAGCCUUGGCCAACGAGAUUGCCAAAAAUCUUGUCCUCGCUGGUAUUGGUUCGUUGACGAUUUUGGACCACGAAGUCGUUACAGAGGCGGAUCUAUGCGCUCAAUUUUUUGUGUCCGAAGAGCAUGUCGGGCAAAAUCGAGCCCAAGCUGCGGCGCCUCAGGUCCGGGCUAUGAACCCCCGAGUGCAACUACACGUCAACACAGAAGAUGUUCGAACAAAAUCACCUGAAUUUUUCAAAAACUUUGACGUCACGAUAGCCACGGAUCUCGACUUUGAUACAUAUGCCACCAUCAACGCUGCCUGCCGUAUAUCAAACCGUCGAUUCUACGCUGCUGGCCUACAUGGAUUUUACGGAUACGUUUUUGCAGACCUCAUCUCACAUGACUUUGUCAUUGAGAGGGAGAAAUCAAAUGUCGCGCCACAAAUGCAGGAAACACCUACAAGGUCAAUCGUUAAUAUCACUACCAAAAGAGAAAAUGACAAAGUCAUCGAGAUGGUGACCAAGCGUGAAAUUUAUUCACCUUUGCUGCUCGCCAACACCUCCCCUCUACCCGAGGAGUUCACUCGUGUCGCUCGUAAGAGAAAGAACGUGACACCGCUUCUUAGCUGCCUUCGCGCUCUAUGGGAAUUUCAACGAACAUCAAACGGCAAGCUUCCUAGCUUUUCGCGCACCGAACUCGAGACCUUUACACGUCUCGUCAACGAGCGCCAUCGCGAGUUGCAGCUAGAUAUUAGCACAAUCGACUCCUCGUUUCUCCGCAGCUUCCUGGAAAAUCUGGGCUGCGAACUGAGUCCGGUGGCAGCAUUCAUCGGCGGAAGUCUAGCACAAGACGUUAUCAAUGUGUUAGGUGCACGUGAGCAACCUCUCCAGAACUUGUUGCUUUUCGAUGGAGAAAAGAACGUGGCGCCUAUCUAUCCUCUGCAUCCUAUAUUCUCAUCCAAAAUCGAAGACAUGGCUGCCAAAGUCUCGCCGACUGUUACAACGACUUCCUUGCCAGUCCUCCCCGGUGCGUCGGUGGCAUUGAAGAAUGGUGUUUCUGCUCCGUAA